CUUCACAAAUCACUGGUAGCGCUAUGGGUGCCGUGGAAAAUGCAGUGGAAGCUGCUGGACAAUUCAUAGGUCCUUUCAUCGGAAAAGGGUCUAGAGGGGAGAACGGAGGAAAGGAUGAUCAGCUUGUGGAAACGGCUUUGUCACAUCUUCAAGCAAUCAAUGCCGCCGAACAAGCCGCUGAUCCAAAUGCUCCUUACGAUGGCUCUCUAGUCGGUGUCGUAUAUGGACUGCUCGAUCUUGCCACAGCCUUCGGAAUCCUUCCUCAUCUAUCUUCCGGAGUCGAGUUCGGCCAACGCCCACAGUCUGUCUUGAUAGGGACGGUCUCUACACGACUUUCCCGUGACGAGAAAAAAUUAUCAUACGUAAUAGAAUCCUUACUUCCCAUACUUAAACAAAACGGUUCUGGUAUUCAGCCUCUUCUAAGCCAGAGAGCUUUUCCAGAUAUUGUAUGCGCCCUUGCGGAACUCGCUUUCUCGCCUCAAACAGACAAGGAAACACACAGCAUAUACAAACCACUUUACGAAAGUGUGCUCGCCGACAUUCCUACCUCAAGAUUGCUGCCUGUUUUAACAUCCUUGCUGCAGCAAGAUGUUCCUUCGUGGUGGAGACCAAUCUUAUCGAAAGAGCUGGCACUCGUUCCACUUCGAUCUCAUGGCGUUCGUCACACGAUUGAAUUCCUAUCACUAUCUUAUCUCUCCAAGAACUCUCAAGUGCCAAAAGAUGCUUCGGGAUCGCAAGCUCAGAUUCCUUUGCCUCUGGAGGCCAUUACCCAGGCAUCUCGACUACUGGCAUCUGUCCCGAGUGGUAUGACCCAGGAUGAGUGGUUUACAAAACUUGCCCCCCAGCUUUUCAUUCUACUAGACGGAACUGAAGGUAAAGAAUUGAGCCGAGCAGCUGGGCAGAUCAUAGCCGGUGGAAUACUCAAUAAGAAGAGUACAGGCGCACCGAAAACAAUCGGUUGGGAACUAUUUGCCAGACCAUUGCAAACAGCCGUUUCCCCCCAGGUAUUAGAGACUGCGCAGUCGCACACGGCCACAGGGCACCAUGUUCUGGUCAAAGAACAGCAUCUUCGAUUGGCAUUGAGAAGACUUGCCACCAUCGCCUCUUCAUACUCGCACGCUGGCCUUUUGAAACGUCUAGUAGGACCUGUAUGCCUUUCUAUUUGGGGAAUCAUGUGCCAUGCGUCUUCACGACCUGCUUUAGACAAGGGGUGGUUCCAACUGGCUCAUGCAAUCUUACUUCGGUAUUUGACAUUUGCUUGUGAACCCCGACGAAUUGACAAUAUAGCGAAUAACUUGUUCUGGAAUGGUGGUGGGACAUGGACCUAUGGUGCUGGAGCUCAAGGUGGUAUCGAAAUUCGACAACGAUCCAACACGGACAACAGUAUAACAGCAAUGGAAAAUAUCAUCAGCCGCAUAAGCAACCUCGAAAAACCAAUCAAUCUGUUGGUGUCCCUUCUCGUGGAGGCCGAUAUCGAAGAUGAAAUAGCCGGAGAAAUCUUCCUACAAACCACAAAGAAAUGGCUGUCCCCAGUCCAAAGUGGCAAAUCCUCUCUUACAUACGAGCAGGACUCAGAUCCACUGGCCGCGCUCACUAAUGCCAAACUCUCUGAGGCUUUGGCCGAUAAGCUCAAAGACAAGUUUGUCCGGAGUCCACAGCAUAUCAUCGAGCUCACAGGUCAGCUACUUCAGAAUUAUGUCGAUGAGCACAAAACUCGAUCAAAGACAUUGAAGGACUCCAGUAAAGCAACUCGAGCCAACUUACACAACCUUGUGCAAUCUCCGCCGAACAUUGGGCGUGGAGGCGAAGGCGAGUCGGAUGAUCUUGCUUCAUUCGCUCUUAGUAUUCUUCAUACAAUUGUAUCCUCCUCAGAAUUUAUCAGAACUCCCGCAACCACCCAACAACUCGAUGCAAUAACGACACCACUGCAAUAUCUCACCAAAGCCCAUCCUUCAAAUCCCAUCGCGUCUCAAAUCGUUCACUCUGCAACAAAUGUGCUUGAACUUCUCGAACCAGCAACCGCCUCAAUCCUCCCAACAGACCCCUUGAUUGCCCAUCGCGAAUCCCUCAAAGCUGCCCUCGCCGAUCUAACGUCUCCCGAACCCCCGAUCCGAGCCUGGUCUGUUUCAACUCUUGGAAACCUCGUCAAAGAUCCAUCCGCCUUCCCAGCAAUCGAUGUGCCCUCUUUGGCCCACGCUCUUCUUUCCGCUUCCAUCGCCGACCCCGAAACCUACGUGCACACAGCAGCCAUACCCAUUGUUGUUGACCUUGCGAUCCGCGCGCCGAAUCCCACAGUCCGCAUCAUUAUCGACGCUUUCACUGACAUCGAUGAGCGGUCCCUGCGCCUUAAGAAAGAGAAGGAGCUCGAAGAAGCGCUUGAUUAUCGGCUCCGUGUAGGCGAGAUUUUGAAUGAUCUAGCUUUGAGCGACGCGUUCUGGAUGUCUUCUUCAUCGUCAGCGUCGUCUUCGAGGUACCCGAGCUUGAAAUCCAUCGUGGAGGCCACCCUCUCUAUUGCAUCUCGUCGCGGCGCCCGCAAGCAAACGCUCGCGAAACGUCACCAGCGUGCGGAUGCUGAGCUUAAAAUGCAGCAAGAGGGUGAAGAGGCGUGGGGUGGUCCGAUUCCUAACCUCAUGGACCCAGACGCGGAAAAUCCUGUAGAGCAAGCGGAGCGUGAUGCGUUGUUCAAAAUCGUUGAGGGGUGGGAGAGCACAGGGGUGGAGGAGGAUGUGCGUAUUCGCGCUUCCGCUCUGAGCAUUUUAGGCAGUGUGUUUGAAAAGAGAUUGGAGAUGCUCAGUCAAAUAUCGGUUGAUGCGGGAUUGCAGAUGGUGCUACUCAUACUAAGCAUGGAAACUGGAGAAGUGAAGGGCUUACUCAGGCGUGCUGCUGUGUUGGUGAUCAUGGGGCUGCUUAAAGGUAUGGAUGAGUUGCUAGAAAACGGAAGGGAGAGUGUUGCGGGAAUGGGUGCGAAGCAGAUGGAGGAAGUGGAGCGGGUGGUGCGAUGGGUUAGUAGUGAGGACUCAGAUGGACUCGUGAAAGACCACGCACUAAGUGUGCAGGAAGGGCUCGAGACUUGGAGGCUGAAGAAACUGUACAGGAUCAACGAUGAGGGGGUUAGAUUGGGCACCAAUCUUGGGCUGGAGGGCGAGAUAAAAGGAUUGGAUAUUCGGCCGUUGCAAGGCAACGAAACAGGUCAAAAGAACAGAUUAAUGGUGGAGGAGAUUGAGUAG